AUGCCUCCUCUACCUCCUCCUCCAACACCACGAAUAAUCAUAUACUACCAGACACAGCAUAAUCCAGAUGGUACGCCCUGCUCGAUUCUCCCCAUAAUCACACAGCCGAACAUAUCGGUGACACACGUCAACCUUGCCGCCAUACACCUCAAUGAUCCUCCUGGAAACAUACAUCUGAACGAUCACGUACCUGGAGACCUUCGAUACGUGACACUAUGGGCUGAGCUGCGGAUACUCCAAGCUUCGGGCAUCAAAGUGCUGGGCAUGCUUGGAGGCGCAGCGAAAGGUUCCUUCACACGACUUGACCUCGACGAUGUCACCUUCGAAGCGUACUAUAUACCUCUACGGGACCUGAUACGAGAGCGGAAUCUGGAUGGGCUGGAUCUCGACGUUGAGGAAAGCAUGACAUUGGCGGGCGUAAUACGAUUGAUCGAUCGAUUGAAGAGCGAUUUUGGAAACGACUUCAUCAUCACACUCGCGCCCGUCGCAGCAGCUUUAAUGUCCGAAAGACCAGAACACAACCUCAGUGGAUUCAGUUACGAAGCUUUGGAAGUCAUGCGCGGAAAGCAGAUAGGGUGGUACAACACACAGUUCUACUGUGGAUGGGGAGAUCUGAGCAACACCAAUGGGUACGACUUCAUAGUUAGAAGAGGCUUUCCUGCAGACAAGAUCGUGAUUGGAAUGGUCACUAAUCCUGGAAAUGGAAGUGGCUGGGUGCCAUUUGAACUGCUGCAGGAAGUGCUGAUUACACUGAAGAUGAGAUAUCCUGGAUUUGGAGGGGUGAUGGGAUGGGAGUACUUCAACUCCUUACCAGGAGAUAGGGCAAGGCCAUGGGAAUGGGCAGCCUUUAUGACGAAGACUGUAAGGAACGGACUUCCUGCGGCUGCUUCGUCUACUCCAACACCAGUUGUUGCACCGGUUGCGGCAAAGCAGAACCCGUUCAUGAUAGUUGAUGAUGACCUAAAAGUCAAGGACGAUGCACCUGUGCCGAAAGGGUUCGAGUAUUAUUCAGAUGGCAGUACAGCUGAAUAA